UCAGUUGCAAUUCAACUCCAUGCAGAUGGCUGAAGGAGGCGACGGCAAGCGCUCGUCCGACAAUCCAAGGGUAUCAUCGAACUGCGGACAUCACGAGCGUAACAAUCCGUAUGAAGAGGAGUCCAAAGAAGUGUGUAUUCUUAUGUCUUGGCUUGGAUAUGGACCAUAAUGCAGACAAAAACGUCGAGCAUGUUACUCCGAGUAUGCACGAUUGUUGAGUGCGUACUACGAAUCAUUGGGGCUGUAUAACUGCAUAAUUACUGGUAGCAAAUCAGAAGGCCUCUCGUGCUAUAUGGAGAAUGACACAGAUAUGUUAAGUGUCGUUUCGAAUGUAGUCUGCCUGGAGGAUUGUCUUCACAUCCAGGACAUUCCAGACGAUAAAGUUGCGUUCCUGAUGGAUACAAAAUAUACCUACCCGGGGUAUUAUAGGCUUUUUCUAGUUCGACGAAAUGAUAUUCUUUUGAAUAUUGAAAAGGCAUUAUGUGAUGAUGGGCGUGGAAAUGUUUUAUUGAGCAGUGAUUUAUUUGCUGAGAUUAUCCCCGGUGUUGAACGUUCAGGACCAUCCACUCCUCUUGUAUUUUGUCAAUUGCACUACGAUCUAGUAUUCGCACUUCGUUGUCACAGUACCGUAUUAUUAAAGAAAUGGGCUGAAAGGUCUCGCCAUUGGCCACCAUUUGAAGUCGUUAAUAAAGUUAUUUCGUUUGGAGCAUGUUUAAGUCCUGUAGGGUGUAAGGAAAGUCCACAGAGACACUUAGAAUGGAGAAUUUGUUUUAACUCUGGAGAAACGGAAAUUAUGAACAGCCUUUCAGACACCCACCUCAAAAUGUACGUUAUGCUGAAGAUGAUCGUAAAGGAUGUUCUCCGGCCGCAACAUAAAGAGGUAACGUCGUACACUCUGAAAAACAUAAUAUUGUGGCAAGCGGAGAGCUAUCCGCAAACAUUGUUUAGUGAAAGAAAUUUCUUUUAUUGGCUACGCGAAGGAUUGGGCAAACUUAAAAUAGCUAUAGCCACAAAACACAUGAAAUACUACAUGAUACCAGAAAGAAAUCUUAUGGAAGGCUGUAGAUUAAGACCCAACCAACAGAGUAAAUGGAUAUCAGUCAUCACAGAAAUGAUGAACGAAGGGCCGAGGAUUAUUCUAAGGCUGGAAAAGAUCCGAAAAGCCAUUAUCGCGUACCCAGAGCCUCUAAUGUGGUACAGCAAGAUGAGGACUGAGUUGGAAAUGUUAAUGCUGGAAUGUAUGGUUAGACAGCAUUUGUUCUUAGGUGAAAACGAUUUUGUUUCAAAUGAAAACGAUAUGUCUGUAAUAGAACAUAUUAUGCUGACUUUAUCCAGAUGCUAUGUUCUGCCCGAUAAUAUCAAUGGCGAGUUGAUGGCACGAGCCGAAGAGAUAGUACAAACAAUUGCUCUCAAUUUGAACGUGGGUAAUUUGGAUGCCUGUAUGUUUUGGCAAAUAUUGUAUAGAAUGUUGAGUUAA